CCCGCCGCCCGCCUCGCGGUGCCGCCGCUGGGCGGACAGGCCGGCGAGUCGAACGCCGAGCGGAGGCGGCGCGCCGUGGUGACGUAGAAGCUGUGCGACGCUGAGGGAGCAAUGGCGGCGGCGCGGCGUGCGGGGGCUGAGCAGGGGACUGUGCAAGGCGCGGGCGGCGCGGCCCGGCGCCCACACCGGAAGCGGCUGUGGAGGCCCACGGCAAUACGCGGCCUCCUGGGCAGCGUCCAGCAGGGACGAGGAUUUGCAUUUCGGAGAAAACAGAAGAUUGAAAGAAAAUACAGGAAGUUAUUGAAGAAGGAGCAAAAGAUCAGUUCACCACGGGAUGAUCAGUUCACAGAUACUUACCCAGAGCAUUUGAAACAUCUCUAUCUAGCAGAGGAGGAGAGGCUUAAGAAACAGCACAAAUCUCCAAAUGAUUCAGUUCUAUCAGAAGAAAAACUUAAUAAAGCAGUAGAACCAGUUGCAACUGAAGGAAAGUUUAAGAAAAAAACAUCCAAUCAGAAGGCAAAAGAAGAGUAUGAGAAAAUACAGGCUGAGCGUGCUAAGAAGAAAGAGGAAGCAGAAAAAAGAAAGCAACAAAGAGAAGCAGCUCAGAGGUUGUACAAGCAAAAGAAAAUGGAAGCUUAUAAAGUACUGAGUAAGAGGACUAAGAAAGGACAGCCAAAUCUAAAUGCACAAAUGGAGUUUCUUCUUCAGAAAAUACAACAAAAGACAUAAACCUCUGCAUAAAUCUGUUACAGGUUUUGAGUUACCUAUGGACAUUUUAUUAAAUGACUUUUAAUAAAUAAUGUCUUUUUGCUCCUACAUGACUUUUUAACAUUGGCAUGAUUUAUCUCAUCAGUCCAAUUGUGGAAGAUGUUCGUCCUGAAAGUAUUCUAUUCCCAAGAGUCAGUGAGACCUGGUACUUUGAAAAUAAAUGGUCUAUAUUACUAAGCUUCUAUUUAUAUAAUAAACUGAAUUCCAAUUAAUUAGAGCUUGGUACCAUCUGAGCAUGAAUCUACAUUUGUUUUCUAGCUCUUAACACUUCCUGUUGGUGUGACUACUACAGUCAUGCUUACUGGAGAGGAGCAAAAUGAGUGGAGUAAAAUGCAACAUGGUUGAUAACCUCAUGAACUGCCAAGGUGAGGAGUGUUCUGUUGGACAGAGUUUGGCACAUGAAAACAAAGAGCAUAAAUUAUACUUGGAUGGCUAUUACUCCCCUUAAAACUUAACAAAAGUAAAAAGAACAUAUUUUAAAGAUAUGGUAUGUUUCAAUCAUCUUCAGCACAAAGUAUGUAUGAUUGUAGACCGAGCGUGGCUUCUUAAAUGAGAUGGAUUGGGUGGAUUGGUUGAGGUUUUGUUACGCUGAAUAUAUCAAUUUUUUAAUCUCCCUUCUUAGGAAUAUAUUUAGAAAAAUAAUUCUGAGGAAUUUGAGGAGUUGGACUGAUCCUUGUGGGUCCCUUCCAACUCAGGGUAUUCUAUAAUUCUGUGAAAUCUUAAUUGAUUUGGAGAUUUAAUUAGUGAUCUUUAACUUAAUGGAAUGAAAAGGUUUGUAUUGAAAUUAAUAAAAUGUGUAAUAAAGGGAGUUAAAUCUU